UGUACACCGGUGUUCGUGCAUCUUCAUCUUCCUCCUCCUCUUCUUCAGUCAGUCCGUGAACAACCCGCUGUUUGCUCAGCGUUAACGGUUAUUCACCGUCCGUCGAAAUGGCGUCUAACGAUUAUUCCCAAACGUCUGCCCAGGGGUAUGGUUCCUAUGGUGGAGGUGGUGGCGGAGGUGGUGGUGCUAGCCAGGGCUAUGGUCAGUCCUCUGGUCAGAGUUACAGCCAGCAGAGCUACGGGGGCUACAACCAGGGCUCUGACAGCAGCUCUGGCUCCUAUAACCAGGGAGGAUACGGCAGCUAUGGUCAACCCCAGUCAGGAGGGUAUGGUUCUCCACCCUCUAACCAGGGUGGCGGGGGUGGUUAUAGUCAUUCCAGUCCGUCCUAUAGUUCUGGAAGCUACAGCAGCAGCAGCAGCAGCCAGCCCUCCAACAUGAGCUACAACCAGCAGUCAUCUUUCUCUGGUUACAGCCAGCAGCAGCAGCAGCCUCCACCAUCUGCAGGUUAUGAAGGUAACUCACCAGCCCCGGGCUAUAACCAGCCACCCAGUGGUGGGCAGAGUGGAGGUGGUUACGGGAGCAGUGGAGGUCAGACUGGUGGCUAUGGUGGUAGCGGGAGCCACCAACAGCCAUCCCAACAUGGAGGAGGACACUACAACCAGCCUCCAGGCUAUAGCUCCCCUCCUCCACAGAGCUACAGUCAGCAGAGCCAGUACGCUCAAGGUGGAGGAUAUGGAGACGACAGCCCACCGAUGAGUGGAGGAGGAGGUGGAGGAUACGGUGGUCAUGAUGGAGGUUACGGAGGUCAGGAUGGCCGCGGUGGCAGAGGCCGUGGGGGUGGAUUUGGAGGUCGUGGUGGCGGCGGAUAUGACCGUGGUUUUGACCGAGGUGGCCGAGGUGGACCAAGAGGAAGAGGAGGCAUGGGAAUGGGCGAUCGCGGAGGAUUCAAUAAGUUUGGUGGACCAAGAGACCCGGGACAUGGACAUGGAGGACCCGGCUUCAUGCAAGACCAGGAUAACUCUGAUAACAACACCAUCUUUGUACAAGGCCUGGGAGACGACUACACUGUCGAGUCAGUGGCUGACUUCUUUAAGCAGAUUGGGAUCAUUAAGGUCAACAAGAAAACAGGCCAGCCCAUGAUCAACCUGUACACAGACAGAGAGACGGGGAAGCUGAAAGGAGAAGCCACAGUUUCGUUUGAUGACCCUCCUUCAGCUAAGGCUGCCAUCGACUGGUUUGAUGGUAAAGACUUCAAUGGAAAUCCCAUCAAGGUGUCCUUUGCCACCCGCCGAGCUGACUUUGGAGGCCGAGGUGGUAUGAGGGGCGGUCGUGGACGAGGAGGGCCUAUGGGCCAUGGAGGAUUUGGAGGGGGUCGAGGUGGAGGUUUCCCAGGAGGCAACAGUGGCGGUGGAGGAGGUGGAGGGGGACAGCAGAGAGCUGGAGACUGGAAGUGUUCAAACCCCAACUGCGGCAACCUGAACUUCUCAUGGCGUAAUGAGUGUAACCAGUGCAAGGCUCCCAAACCGGAGGAUGCUGGUGGGAUGUCCCCCAUGGACAGAGGAGGUUACGGAGGAGAGCGCAGAGGGGGGUUUGAUCGAGGCGGCUUCAGGGGCCGAGGAGGCGACCGCGGGGGCUUUAGAGGGGGCCGAGGAGGCGACCGAGGAGGAUACGGCCCUGGAAAGAUGGAUGCAAGGGGCGAUCGCAGACAGGAGCGACGGGGCCGUCCGUACUAAACCACCGUGCACACGGACAAACCCUCGUCCCCCCACCUCAGCACAGAGAGCAGUGUCCCCCGUCCACACUGGGUCCGGCCCCUUCACGUUUUACAUAACUUUGAUCGUCUUGUUUCAGUGUGUAGGAAAAUGUGACUGUCCCUUUUCUUUGUGUUUGCUCUCGUUCGUGUCGCUCUCUGUUUUCACGCCCACCUGCCCUCCGCUCUGCUGCUCAGCGAGGCCUCGUUUAGAAAAACACACUCGGAUCAAAUUCCACCUUAAGAAAAAAGACUCGGAGUCUGAUUUUUAUCGUUUUGUGCAUCAGCCCUUGUGAUUAUGAUCACGUUUGAAUCAGCUGCACCUUGACUGGAAACACUGUGGCUGUGCAUGUCAGAGCCGUGUGACUCUGACCUGCUGAUUUACAGGUUCAUCCUCGUUGCUCCGCAUCAGAAACCUGAGGACGUAAAAACCCGUCUGAUGGCUCGUGUUGUGUUCACAGACUCCUGUGUAAAUGUGUGGCUCCCUGUGUUACUGCAUGCUCCGGUGUCAGCAGUGAACUUAGUGAGUAAACUCUGACUGUAAGCGAAGGAUUAUGGCCGAAGCUGGAGACUCCUCACUGCAGAGCAGGAAGCUGUGACUCUGCAGUUUGUUCUCAGAGAGAACAGCUCAACACUUUUGGUUCUGAUGAACGUGUUCUGUGUUUGUCUGCUGAUUUCUGACAGCAGGACGUUUUCUCGCCUCACAUAACAGUUUGAUGGUGAGCAGAUCUCAUGAGCGCAGCGCCUCCUCGUGAACAGAUGGAAUUCAUCGAGUCCGAGCGGUUUGGCGAGAGGUUUAGUAAAUCUAAUGAACCACUGCUAACCUCACCGAACAAAUGUCGGAGCUGAAGCUGCUUCUUUUUGUUUGACUGAUUUCUGUGUAACUUCAGCUUGAACAGCAGUUUGAUUUGAGAUGCCAUCGCUGCUCAGUUAUGUCUUUAACUGUCACAGGAGAAGAUCUUCACAUUAUGACCAAGUGAAAUCCACUUUUGUAAACGCGGCCUGUGCGUGUGCAGUCACACUGAAGACGUGUUUGUGGAAGCAGAGCUCUUACUCGUGUAUUUAUUAUUAUUCUUGAGUUGUUUUUGUAUUGUGCAUGUGCUGGUUUUCAAAAGAAA